UGUUUUCACCCAGUUGGACGCGUGUACUUAAACGACGAGGCCACUACACCAUGCACCAACACCAACACAAGCACGACUCACACACUCAUUAAUGCCAGCCAGGUGAGAGCAGUGCUGCGGGGGGGAUCGGAUCACUGGGAGCGGACCAUGGCGGCUGCCACGAGCAGCAACAACACAUCCACGCUUCAGAUCAAGCACUCCGGCAUCGAGCAUACGCGGAAACGCAUCGACCCGAGGAGGAGGCAAGCGGCGCUGUCCUUUCUCAGCAACAUUUCUCUGGACGGGAGACCCGUGCAGGACGACGCAGACAACCAGAACGAGGAGGAGGAGGAGGAGGAUGAGUCGCUUGAGCCCAGGACUAGGAGGAUGGUUUCCCCGGAGCACGCUGCGUACGGGGCUGCAGGAUCUGCCGCUGCCGCUGCCGCAGCCACCGCCGCUGCUGCUGCUGCCGCUGCUGCUGCCGCUGCCGCUGCUGCUGCCGCGGCGGCGUCAGCGUCAGCGGCGGCUGCGGCGAACACGGCCGCCCAGGCGCUGGCUUUUGCAAACCAGGCUUUCGGGACGGGUCCGGACGCAGAGGGAGACGCGUUCCUGCCCUCCACGUUCAGCUCCCCGUUCUCCGCCGUCCCAGCGUCGACCAGAGGGAGGCUGCAGACCUACACUCAGGGAAUCCUUCCUGCCGCUUACUCCAGACAGACCUCCGGGAACUACAGCCUGGAGGGCGGUCAGAUAGCCAACUCUGCCAUAGAGCUGCAGAGAUCAAGACGGAGACUCAUCUCUCAGCGCUCUUCGCUUGAAACGCUAGAGGACAUUGAGGAGAAUGCUCCUCUGCGCAGAUGCCGAACCCUAUCGGGUUCCCCCCGACCAAAGAGCUUCAAGAAGAUCCACUUCAUAAAGAACAUGAGGCAACAUGAUAUUCGCAAUGGAAGGAUAGUCCUUAUCAGUGGCAGAAGAUCCUUCUAUAGUGUAUUUUCUGUCCUGCCCUAUCGAGAUUGUAGCCAAGCAGGGGAUGUCAAGCUGGAAGGAGGAGGGCGUCAGCGGCACCCGUCAGGAGGCGUCAGUGCCAAGGAGAUGGUGAUCGGGCUGGAGGGAGUGGAGUUGGGAGCUGAUGGAAAGACCGUGUCCUACACCCAGUUCCUGUAUUCCACUAACGUGCUGGGUGGUCGAAGAAACACCAUCGACUCAACCUCGUCCUUCUCUCAGUCUCGCAACGCCAGCCAUAGAAGCCUGAGUUUGGGCCGAGCCAACAGCAACCAGAGCAGCAUAGACACGGGGAAUGAUUUGGGGGACUUUCGCGAGUACGACCCCAAUCUGCUGGAUGACCCCCAGUGGCCAUGUGGAAAACACAAGAGAGUCCUCAUCUUCCCCUCUUACAUGACUACGGUCAUUGAAUACGUCAAACCCUCUGACCUCAAGAAGGACAUGAACGAAACCUUCAAGGAGAAAUUCCCCCACAUAAGGCUUACACUAAGCAAGAUUAGGAGCUUGAAAAGAGAGAUAAAAAAGUUGGCCCAGGAUGAGUGUGGCUAUGAGGAACCGACGGUGGCCAUGGCUUUCGUCUACUUUGAAAAACUUGUGCUUCAAGGCAAACUAAACAAGCAGAAUCGGAAACUCUGCGCUGGAGCUUGUGUCCUGCUGGCGGCCAAGAUUGGUGGUGAUCUCAAGAAACACGAGGCCAAGCUCCUGAUAGACAAACUGGAAGAGAGAUUCAGAGUGAACCGCAGAGAGCUGAUAGCCUUUGAGUUCCCGGUCCUGGUGGCGUUAGAGUUCAACCUGCACCUGCCAGAACACGAGAUCAUGCCCCACUACAGACGCCUCCUGCAAACCUCCUAGCAUUAGUGACCCAUCAGAAGGACGACCACCAGGCCUUCUUCUGAUCCUCUGAUUCCAAUGGUAUCCAUCCUUCCAUUUCUCUCCUCGUCUCCCGUCUGACAGCCCCAAGGUACCGCUGGCUGUCUCUCAACUGCAGCCGACAACACUCUCCUUCCUCUCAGAGACCUGAAAUCAGCCAAAGGGACCCACAAUUCUCAAACUUUCCUCUAUUGUUUGACUUCUACAUUCAUCAUCACUACACAGACUUCUGAAAAAAAAAGGGUUGGAUCGUCUGCAAACAGGUUGUUUUUCUAGUUUGCAUGUUCCUGCGUCUUCAUCUUCACUUUCUACAUUUUCCAGCUCUCUUGUUGAUUAAGAGAGCCUUUUUUUUGUUUUAAUCUGAUGGUGAACUUUUUAUCUUAGUUAAAGCAACCAAUGAUUGUAACAUUUUUAUCAUCUCUUUUCAUGAAUCUCUCUUUUAUAAAAUCUGAUAUGAUUGGUUGCCUCCUAACCUGCAAAAAAGUUAAACUAAAGCCAUUUAAGUGGCUUGUUUGGCUGGACUUUCUAGGAGUGACUCAUCUUUUCGCAAGCCCUCGUCUUAAAAAAGUGCACUUUUUGAAGAUUGUGAGACAUAGGGGGACAAUUUUUCAGAGUUUUAAUAAUCUUGGGAACUAACACUGAAAAAUAAGCUGUGUUCAUAAACACCACAAUCAUUGCACCGUUUGAAUUUUCUCUCAUAUGGUAUAUUCACAGUUUCUAGCCACAACUAUCCGCAUGAAAAGUAUUGAUUGUUUGCAUACAGGUGCUUGCAGACAAAAUGGGACUUCCUAUUUUCACUGAAGUAUUCCAUUCAUUUUCUACCAGUCAAAUGCUUGCUAUGGAUUUACAGAGACUAGACCCCCUUUUAUCAUUGUCAAAUUUCCUGUGCUCUAUGUUAGAGUGUAUUGCUAGCACAUUUACGGUGCUAUAAAGGGGUUAGGAAGGUAGUUUCAGAGGUGUUUAUGAGUGCAAAAUGCCAUUAAACAGUUAUCAGAAUAAGCAGCAGGGUGCUCUCAUGUUGAAAAUGUAAUCACUAGAUGUGGACUAAGACCCUCUUCCUUCAGGCUUAAGGGACACUUUAUUUGACCUGACCUCUGACCUCAAAAAAGAAGAAGAAAAAUCUAAACGCGAUCCAAACAGGGACCAAUGACGGAUCAAACAUUUGCAUAUAACUUUAAUCAGCAUUUCUUGACUUGAAAACUAAGUAAAAAAAGAAAAAUGAAACUGAAAGUUGACAACCAAUGUGACCAAUUUAAAAAAUACUAUUUCAUUCAUUUGGCAUGUAUCUCAACUUGAUUUUCUUUUUCUUAUUUCAGUAUCUUGAAAUUGUCUUACACAGUACCACAGAGUUCUGAGGGGGAAACAAGUAUUUAAUGCUGCUCCAAGUAUUGAUGAUAUUUUAGUGGAAAUGAUCACAACAUUAAAUCAAAUUGUUGAACAAAGCAAGAAUUGUGCUGAUUUAAGGUGAAAAAGUACUGAGCAUAUUUGUGUUUGCAAGCCCAAAGAUGUCGCUAUAAGAUGCACACUAAAGACUCGUGGGCGACACUUAUUACCUGUGUAUGUUUGUAAAUAAAUUGCUUUGCUUGUUCGAUCAAAACGAGACUCGGACAUGUUUUUGCUUCACCUGAAUAAAGCGUGAAUUGAGUAAACGGAAAGAACUC